AUGUUGAGAUUUGUCUGUUACUUGAACUCUGUCCAUAACGGAGUGUGUAACAUCCAUAACGGAGGUUGUAACAUCCAUAACGGAGUGUGUAACAUCCAUAACGGAGGUUGUAACAAUCAUAACGGAGGUUGUAACAUCCGUAACGGAGUGUGUAACAUCCGUAACGGAGUGUGUAACAUCCGUAACGGAGGGUGUAACAUCCGUAACGGAGGGUGUAACAUCCGUAACGGAGGGUGUAACAUCCGUAACGGAGGGUGUAACAUCCGUAACGGAGUGUGUAACAUCCGUAACGGAGUGUGUAACAUCCGUAACGGAGUGUGUAACAUCCAUAACGGAGUGUGUAACAUCCAUAACGGAGUGUGUAACAUCCAUAACGGAGGGUGUAACAUCCAUAACGGAGUGUGUAACAUCCAUAACGGAGUGUGUAACAUCCAUAAAGGAGGUUGUAACAUCCAUAACGGAGUGUGUAACAUCCAUAAAGGAGGUUGUAACAUCCAUAACGGAGGUUGUAACAUCCAUAACGGAGGUUGUAACAUCCAUAACGGAGGUUGUAACAUCCAUAACGGAGUGUGUAACAUCCCUAACGGAGUGUGUAACAUCCAUAAAGGAGGUUGUAACAUCCACAACGGAGGUUGUAACAUCCAUAACGGAGGUUGUAACAUCCAUAACGGAGGUUGUAAUUAA